UUGGGAUGCGAUAUUCCCUCAAGAUUAAGGCAACAAUUGGGGUUUUUACCAAUACCAACGACCCACUAGUUGACCGUUACCUGUUUUUUCAAGUAGGUUAUAUGCGAUUCUUCGCAGAGCAGUCCAUAGUACAUAAAAGAUGUCCCGCUCUUCUACUAAAUGCCGAUGUCGAUGCCGACAUUGUUAUUUCGGAUGUUGAACCAGAUUUAUUUGACGCUCUGUUGUGGUUUAUAUAUAACAAGAAGCUUCAUUCUCGUGACCUAGAAGAUAUCCAAAAAUCCAACUGGCGUGAUCCCAAUUCGUUUCGCAUGCAGAUAAGGACACUAUCUAUACGCUACCAAUUGCCCGGUUUCGCUGACAAUGCAGAGGUGUACUUAGAAGAUUUAUAUCGCCCAUUUUUGAAAGCAUGGAGCACUGUACGGCGGAUUACCAGUAAGAUAGCUAAAGUGAUGGAUUGAAGCUAAGUGAUUCACAAAUGAUGGAUUGAAGGAAGAUUGGUGUGCCUAUUCCUCUCUCAUCAGAUUUCAGUAAUAAAUUUACAAAAUUACUUAGUAGAGCUACUUGUUUUUUCUACUUUAAGUCAUUAGAUUACUUUCAAUCUAUUCAAGUUUGGUUUCGUUACAUUCCGCA